GAAAUUGAAAAAGCAACCCCUCUGCGUGACUGCGUCCAAUCCCACUCACAUGCUUAAUAGCGGCCCCCAUUGUGUUCCCCACUUCCCGCAGACGGGUGCUUUGGGAGAUACGAUAGCAGGGGCAUGUGAUUCUUCGGAGGGAGUAGAUGGAGGCGAAGGUCCCUGGAAUCGCCUCCAUUUGAGUGUCGCUGAGAAUUAGAGAAGGUUCAGAGAGUGUGUGAGAGAGGGAGAUGGGCGAUACUUCCGGGUAUAAAAAUUACGUGGCGGGUUUGAUGGCGGGCCUGGCCACCGUGAUUACGGGUCAUCCCUUCGAUACUGUCAAGGUAAAGCUGCAAAAGCACAACACUGAAGCACAUGGAAUCAAGUACAGGAAUGGAUUGCAUUGCACUGCAAGGAUUUUGAAAACUGAAGGAGUGAGAGGACUUUAUCAAGGCGCAACAUCUUCUUUUGUUGGAAUGGCUUUUGAAAGUUCACUUCUUUUUGGCAUUUAUUCCCAAACAAAACAAUCACUGCAGGGAGGGCUGGAAAGUAGUACACCACAGCUCCAAGUAAUUAUUCCUUCAGCAGCUUAUGGGGGAGCUGUCAUUAGUUUUAUAUUGGGUCCAUCAGAAUUAGUGAAGUGUAGGAUGCAAGUCCAAGGAACUGACUCCUUGGUUCCAAAGUCCAAUAGAUACAGUGGUCCUCUUAAUUGUGCCUUCACAACCGUGAAAACUGAAGGGGUCACAGGCAUUUUUCGUGGAGGUUUGACAACCUUGUUAAGAGAAUCUUUUGGAAAUGCUGUCUUCUUUAGUGUUUAUGAGUAUGCCCGGCAUUACAUGCAUUUACAACUGAAAACUGCUUCUUCUGGAUACAGCAACUUGAUUGAUGCAGGAAUUGGGAUUAUGAGUGGCGGUAUUGCUGGGGUUGCUUUCUGGUCUACUGUUCUGCCUUUGGAUGUGGCAAAAACCAUAAUCCAGACUGCUCCAGAUAAAAGUUCUACUAGAAAUCCUUUUCUAGUUUUGAAUUUGAUUUACAGGAGGGCUGGACUUAGAGGAUGCUAUGCGGGCUUGGGUCCCACAGUUGUGAGGGCAUUUCCUGCAAAUGCAGCUGCAAUCGUCACGUGGGAGCUCGCUGUAAAACUUUUAGGGAUCAAGCGAGAUUAAAGGUGUGCCCAUGUGUUUAUGAUUCGGGGUUGAAGUCCAUUUCUCCACAUUUCUUAUGGUGUACAUCUGUUGGCAUCUUGUGCGACAUUUUAUGCACAAUUCUUCGGACGAAGUAUGAGGGCUAUAAUGAAGCUUAAAAUGAUUUCGCUCGGGAGAGGUUCUCUACUUUUCUUGGUCAUGCCAUGUGAGUUAUGACCAUGGCAAAUUAUAAUGUAGGAUUUUUGGCUAUUUAUGCCAUUUUCUCCAUUUUACAUUUUCUUGAAGCGCUCAAUGCUGCAGAUAUUGAAGUUUCAUUUUGGAACAAGAUCUGUUCAGGUGAGUCAGCUUAGAUAUGCAUCAAUUUUAGUCUCCAGUGAAGCUGCUCAGAAUAUCUGAGCACCUUUUUGGUCGAGAUGUCUGUUUUGAAGGGAUGGCAUUGGGCUCUCCCUUUGGUGUGCGGCAGUACGUGGUCGAUGCAUGGGAGCGAAAAGCAGAAGCUUCAUAGAGUUGGCUAUUGAGAGGCCGCAAGGUAGCUCAAAAAUUAAAUGAUGUUUGCUUUUUGGGACUGAACAUCAAUGCUGGUUAAAUUUUAUGUAUUAAAUGCUUACAAUUAUAAGCAUUUAAUUUAUAUAAUUAUCUCAAAAUUUCUUUAUCACCA